AUGAGGUUCAUCUCUUCGAGCAACGGUAUGCCCUCUAUCUAUAUUUCUAGUUCGGAAUCAAAACACUUGGCCGAUCACUUGGGACAUGCGGUGGUGGGGAAAUUUUCUCAUUCCAUCCCGUCGGCCCUCCAAAUCCAAAAAGCGCUUAGUAAUAUGAAGUUUAAGAUGGGUGUCUCGUGGAAGUUUAUUAAUGCGAAGCAUGUUCUUAUUCAAUGCGAGGAUCUUGGAGACUAUGCCCGGUUACUAAAUGGCCCGAGAGAUAUUCCGGUGUGGUAUGUGGACGGGCACCCAAUGAGAGUCUUCAAGUGGUCUCCGGAUUUUGACGUCUUUUGUGAGUCUCGUAUUGCUGCUAUUUGGUGUAACCUCAUUGGAUUGCUGAUCCACCUCUUUGAUCAAUCGACGCUUUUUGCAAUUGGGAAACUCCUCGGCAAUCCAAUCCAAAUAGAUCAAGCCACCGCUAACAAGACGUGGCUGUCCUUCACCCGAAUUUGUGUGGAAAUCGACAUCACCAAGCCCCCUCCGGAAGAGUUUAUCCUAGACCUUUGUGGUCGGACAAUAAUCCAGCAAGUUAAAUGGGACAAGAUCUCAUCCUUUUGUGCCGAAUGCAAACAUGUGGGCCAUGUUGCGGCGGUGUGUUAUGCAACCGGCAAAAGGGAGAGACCACCAAAGAAGAACUACAAUGAACAUGCAGUGAGAAGGCCAAAUGGAAAUGAUCUCAACCUCGAACGCGUCCCACCAUCCAAGACGUUACUUCCCCCCACCUCCCACACCAAUCCCGGACAUCAUGGAGCCAUCUAA